GGUUAGGGUUUGCUCCUCAGAUAUCGAGGUGAAUUACUGCAUCUGGUUCUGGUCAACACAGUCAGUCAAUCAAUAGAAUUUAGUUGAUCCUACUGCUGCUGGCGAAGAUGCUGGGCGGCCUGUACGGCGACCUGCCGCCGCCGACCUCGGCCCCCGGCGACGACGACAAGCCGGCGGCCGCCUCCGUCUGGUCAAGCGCCACCAAGAUGGCGCCGCCCACCCUCCGCAAGCCCUCCGCCACCUUCGCCCCGCCCACCUCCCUCCUCAGGAACUCUCGUCCCAAGACCACCACCACCACCGUCCAGCCGCAGCAGCCUCCACCCACCACCACCACCACCUUCCACCCGGCUGCCCUCGUCUCCGUCCAGUCCACCGUGCUCGAGGAGUACGACCCCGCGAGGCCCAACGACUACGAGGACUACCGCAAGGACAGGCUGCGCCGCGCCAAGGACGCCGAGGUCCGGAAGGAGCUCGACCGGCGGCGCCGCGAGGACGAGGAGCGCGAGCAGAGGGAGGCCGAGGCCCGCCGGGCCUCCGCCGCCGACCAGGCCAGGGCAUCCGCCGCCGCCCUCAACAUAUCGGGCGAGGAGGCCUGGAUGAGGAGGGCCGCCAUGAGCGGCGGCGCUUCCGCGCAGAGGGCCUCGUCUCCGCCGCCGCAGGCCGAUGGCGGCAGCGGCGGAUUCAACAUCCCCGGCUCCUCUACCACUGGCCUCGGCCUGGGCGCCGGCGGCCAGCUGACCGCUGCCCAGAGGAUGAUGGCCAAGAUGGGGUGGAAGGAGGGCCAGGGGCUCGGCAAGCAGGAGCAGGGCAUCACCGCGCCUCUCGUCGCCAGGAAGACCGACCGCAGGGCUGGGGUUAUUGUCGAUGAGAGCAGCUCCAGGCAAGAAAAGAAGCCCAAAUCUGUCAACAUUGAAGGCCCGCCCACCAGAGUAGUGCUGCUGCGUAACAUGAUUGGUCCGGGCGAGGUGGACGACGAGCUGGAAGAUGAGGUGGCCUCGGAGUGCUCCAAAUAUGGGACCGUUCUGCGUGUGCUGAUAUUUGAGAUCACCCAGGCCAACUUCCCAGUGGACGAGGCAGUGCGGAUCUUCGUGCUGUUCGAGCGGACGGAGGAGUCGACCAAGGCGCUGGUUGACCUGGACAAGCGCUUCUUCGGCGGGCGGGUGGUGCAUGCGACCUUCUUCGACGAGGAGAGGUUCGGGCGGAAUGAGCUUGCUCCGAUGCCAGGGGAAGUGGCAGGGUUUGAUUGAACCCUUGUACGAACAGUGGAGAUGUUGUGUCUAGUGUUCUAUUUUUAAAUUUUGCUGGAUCCAGAGCUUGUUGGUUAACCUUGGAAACUGUACUUUUUUACCGUAAAUGCUAAUGCGUGUUUUGGAGUAAAUUGUGCUUGAAAAUUUUGAAUUUUGCACCAUAGACUAAAUUGGCUAAAUGCCUUACUCAUAGUCCAAUGGAGCACGUUUUUGAAAA